AUGCAGAGAAGCUGCGGCAGCUUCUACCAGCUAAUGCAGCAGCAGCAGCAUCAGCAGCAUCAGAAACAGCAGCAGCCGCAGCAGCCACAGCAACAGCAGCAGCAGCAGCAGCAGCAGCAUCAGAAACAGCAGCAGCAGCAGCAGCAGCAGACCUGCAACAGUGGCAGCAGCCGCACUAGCAACGGCAGCAGCAGCAGCAACGCCAGCAGCAGCAGCAGCAGCAGCAGCAGCAGACCUGCAACAGUGGCAGCAGCCGCACUAGCAACGGCAGCAGCAGCAGCAGCAACGCCAGCAGCAGCAGCAGCAGCAGCAGCAGCAGCAGCAUCAGAAACAGCAGCCGCAGCAGCCACAGCAACAGCAGCAGCAGCAGCAGCAUCAGAAACAGCAGCAGCAGCAGCAGACCUGCAACAGUGGCAGCAGCAGCACUAG